AUGAGAAAAGGAGAAAUUGUAUCAAAUAGAAACAAAAGAAAUGUUCACAGAGAGCCCCCGCAAAAAUACUCUUCAACUGUUGUGACAUGUGAAACUUUCAAGCUAGCAGUAAAAGAACAACAUAGCCAAGUACAACAGAAAACAACGCGAAUGUUCAAGCUCUUAAUCAGUUCCGAAAAAAAAUAA